AUGUCAGUCAGCUCAACAUCCACAACCAUGAUUCGACGCGCGCUUUCCAGCGCCCGGGUCUCAAACUCUUUCUCCAAGUCCAUCAGACCCGCCGUCUUCAGUCCCUGCAGGAACGUAUCGAGCGCUGCUCGCCUGCCCACCAUCACAGCCUCAGAGACUCGCCGCCGGCCAACACUAAGACCAAACCAGCAGCCCGUGGCCGCGACCGGUGUGAAUGGACCUUCGCCGACGAGCAAGCGCACAAUCUUCAUUCAGACCGAAAACACUCCCAACCCUGAUGCCUUGAAAUUCAUUCCCAACCACGCCGUCCUUCCUGAGGACUUCCCCACCACCUUCCUUGAAUACCUAACCCCCCGCUCCACUCUCGCCCCUCCAUACCCAUCUCCCCUGGCUGCAAAGCUCCUGGACGUUGACGGCGUCACCUCUGUUUUCUACGGAUCAGACUUUAUUACCGUCACUAAGGCUGGUGACGCGAACUGGGCGCACAUCAAGCCUGAGGUUUUCAGCCUGAUCACACAGACCGUUACCUCGGGGGAGACCAUUGUGUCAGUCGUUGAGGGCACCGGUGAAGCGGGUCAAGAGGUCGAGGAGGAUUCGCUCGCCUACAAUGAAGACGAUGAUGAGGUUGUCAGCAUGAUUAAGGAGCUUCUGGAGACGCGGAUCCGUCCUGCCAUCCAGGAAGAUGGAGGCGACAUUGAGUUGCGUGGGUUCGAGAACGGCAUUGUCAUGUUGAAGCUGCGUGGAGCGUGCCGCACUUGUGAUUCGAGCACGGUCACGUUGAAGAAUGGCAUUGAGUCUAUGCUGAUGCAUUACAUCGAGGAGGUCAAGGGUGUGGAGCAAGUUCAGGAUCAGGAGGAGAUUAUCUCCAUGCAUGAGUUUGCCAAGUUUGAGGAGAAGCUGCGACAGCAGAAGGGUGCGGGAGCUACGGCCUCUGCUCCUUUGGACUCUGCCCCGUAA